AUGGCAGCCAAUAAGAAGCAGAGUUUUCCCUCCGUCUCAGCCUCCCUGCCACUGAAAGUGAUGCUGCGGGACACAGAGGGGAGGAGGGAGGGAGGCAGGGGGUUAGAGAGAUACAGAGGGAGAUAGAGAGAGUGAGUGAAUGAGAGAGAGAGAGAGAGAGAGAGAGAGAGAGAGAGAGAGAGACGCAGCUGGGCAGGGGACCGCAAGCCACAGAGGUUAUGCAGCAGUGAAGGGCUCCGCACCGUUCGGCACCCCUCAGCAAUUCAGGAGAGUCUCCCAGCUGGACACCGGCCGUUUGGGUUCCCUGGAGACCGUGGGAAUCUCCAGCCCAUGAGGGACCAUGAUGCCGCGCUGCAUCCUAUGACGGAAAACGCCUGCGGCCAGCGUCACCGACUUGCCAUUACGUGAACCGGGUCACCAGGCUCUGGACGCCAUGAGAGCUCACCUACUGCUCCUGAUCUGGGCCUACCUCUGCAGCCGAGGAAUUUCCCAAGCUGCCUUUCAGAGGACUAUGGGAGAAACGCUUAAGGGGCAAGAUAAUGGAGGAGCCCCCUCUGACGAGGGCAGGGCACUGCGGCGAUCCAAGCGCGGGUGGAUGUGGAACCAGUUCUUUUUGCUGGAGGAGUAUAUCGGCACGGAUUACCAGUAUGUCGGGAAGCUUCACUCAGACCAGGACCGAGGCGAUGGCACGGUGAAGUACGUCCUAUACGGGGAUGGGGCCGGCUCCCUGUUCCUGAUCGACGAGAACUCGGGGGACAUCCACGCCACCAAGAGGCUGGACCGCGAGGAGAAGGCCUUCUACACGCUCCGUGCCCAGGCCGUGAGCAAGCGCACAGGCCGGCCACUCGAACCCGAGUCCGAGUUCAUCAUCAAGAUCCACGACAUCAACGACAAUGAACCCAAGUUCUCUAAGGAGACGUACUUGGCCAGCGUGCCCGAGAUGUCCGACAUUGGCACCUCGGUCAUCCAGGUGACGGCGACGGACGCGGACGACCCCACCUACGGGAACAGCGCCCGGCUGGUCUACAGCAUCCUGCAGGGACAGCCCUACUUCUCCAUAGAGCCCGAAACCGGUGUCAUCCGGACAGCUCUGUCCAACAUGAACCGGGAGACCCGGGAGCAUUUCCAGGUGGUGAUCCAAGCUAAGGACAUGGCAGGCCAGAUGGGGGGCCUCUCUGGGACUGCCACAGUCAGUAUCACACUGUCAGAUGUCAAUGACAGCCCACCACGCUUCCCCCAGGGUAUGUACCAGUUCAGUGUCCUGGAGUCGGCGGGAGUGGGUGCCUCCGUGGGGAGGAUCAGUGCCACGGACGCUGAUGUGGGUCGCAACGCAGAGAUGGAGUACAGUAUUAUCGGUGGUGACGGCCUGGACUUCUUUGAGGUCGUGACCGACCGGCACACUCAGGAAGGUGUGGUCACCCUCCGGAAGCUGGUGGAUUUUGAGAAGAAGAGGAUGUACGUGCUGCGGGUACAGGUGGAGAACCCACACCUGGACCCCCGCUUCCUCUCCAAAGGCCCCUUCAAGGACACAGCCAUGGUGAAGGUGAGCGUGGAGGACGUGGACGAGCCGCCGGACUUCCAGCAUCCAAGCUACAUGAUGGAGGUGAAGGAGGACGCCCCCGUCGGCUCUGUUGUCGGAUCGGUGAGCGCCAUGGACCCGGAUGCCACCCGAAGCCCAGUCAGGUAUUCCAUUGACCGGCACACAGACAUGGAGAGGGUGUUUAAUAUCCAUCCGGGGAACGGGUCCAUCUUCAUGUUGAAGAGCCUGGACAGGGAGGAGCAUGCCUGGCACAACAUCAGUAUCAUCGCCGCGGAGUUCGACAACCCCAGGCAAACCAGCCGGGUGCCGGUCUACAUCCGAGUCCUGGACGUCAACGACAACGCUCCCACCUUCGCCACGUACUAUGAGACUUUCGUCUGCGAGAACGCCAAAGACGGACAGACAAUACAGACCAUCAGUGCCACAGACGCCGACGACCCUGUCGGGGGGCAGAGAUUCUACUUCAGCUUGGCGCCGGAAGCAUCUUCGAAAGCCAACUUCACUGUCCGUGACAAUCAAGACAACACAGCCGGGAUUUUAACACGGGGGAGUGGAUUUAGCCGGAUCCAUCAGAGCAGCUACCAGGUGCCUGUGGUGAUCAUGGACAGCGGCGGCCCGGCGCAGAGCAGCACCAGCACGCUAACGGUGCAUGUGUGCAGCUGCGACCGCGACGGCAACAUGAAGGCGUGCAGCAGCGAGGCCCUGCUGCGUUCUGCCGGCCUCAGCACCGACGCCAUAGUGGCCAUCCUGCUCUGUGUCUUCAUACUUCUCAUGAUCGUGGUCCUGUUCGCCGCCCUGAGGAGGCAGAAGAAGAAGGAGCCGCUGAUCAUCUCCAAGGAAGACGUGCGAGACAACGUGGUGAGCUACAACGACGAGGGCGGCGGCGAGGAGGACACACAGGCCUUUGACAUCGGCACGCUGCGCAACCCCGAGGCUGUGGAUGAUGGCAAGCAACGUAGGGACAUCGUCCCCGAGUCCGUGUGUCCUGCCCUGCGCCGGGUUGGUGACCCAUGCAGGGAAAACACCGAUGUGCGUGACUUCAUCAACCAGCGGCUGCAGGACAGUGACACCGACCCGGUGGCGCCGCCCUACGACUCAUUGGCUACGUACGCCUACGAGGGCACUGGCUCAGUGGCCGAGUCGCUCAGCUCGCUUGGCUCGGUCGCCACAGAUGCUGACCACAAUUACGAUUACCUCAGCGAGUGGGGACCCCGCUUCCGGAAACUGGCGGACCUGUACGGGGCUGGCGAUGCCAGCGAGCGGGACUCCUAAUGGCCGAGAAGGGGCGUAUGGAAAAACAAGGGGGGCGCCCAUGCACCCGCUCUCAAACAAAGUGCCCUUUCUCCUGUCGCGAUCCACUCUUGGUCCCACUCAGCAUCGGACACUGGCAUCUUCGUACCUCCUCUCUCCACGGUUUCAGUUCCCUCCUGAGAGUGAUGGACUUUUCUUUGAGAUUGCUGGGGAUGCACAGGGCCCUGAAAAUCUCUAUAAAUAUGCAUAUAUAUACACAAAUAUAAACAAAUAUUUUCCCUUCUCCUUAAGCAGUCUUACGGUGUAGUAUGUGACAUCACCAGGAAGAUUCAUUGUGUCAUAUCCUGACAGAAACAUGUGUUACAUUUUAGCAGAAGUAUUUUACACAGUUCUGCCCCACCCCUCCCGGAGGCAGCAGAGGGGGGCUGAUCUCACCCCGAUCUUCGGCAUAUCUGUUCCCACUCCGCAUCUCUCUCUUACAAAAGCUUUACAUGCUCGUUACUGUGGGGAUGUAGCCCGUAUUGUUGUGUGACACACGUUCGCCCAGCAUCAGUGUCUAUGCUGAGGGCGUCUCGCAGCGAAUCACGUGUCGCCAUCGCGUGUCACAUGACACGGCCCCGGUCCGAACGAGCAGCUGACUAAACACAACCGUCUGCUUGAUGUUACACUCUUUGUAUGUAUUUUGUACUUCUUGAGCGAGGCAGUAAGUCUCUAUUUUUUGCUGCUAGGGGUAUGUCCCAAUGACUUUGGGGGGCGUUGGGUGGCCAUGUAGAUAAAUGACAUCUCUGCUUGUUUCGGAAAGUGUUUUAAACAGGCUGGGGUGGGGUUUGCUGGAAAAAUCAACAUCUUAGAAGAAAGAAAAUCUAAUUUAGAAUGGAAAAGGUUUCAUGUGAACUGGCCUACUCUUAGGAUGUGCUCUGUGUGAAUACAUGAAUGGUUUUUACCGGUUUCGGGGGGGGGGGGGGGGGGGGACAUGCAUGGAGUGGUGGCAUUCCAUCAAAAACUGGCAGGACUGAGAAAUAUCAACCAAGUACAAGACUUAAGGAUACCUACUUCUCAAGCUGCUGUGCCUUCCCCAGUCCAUGUUAGAGGCAGUUCAUUACACAGACGGUAUAUUUAAAUGUGGCUUAGACAAUUUGCUAGGUGCAGUGCCUGCUGAUCGCUAACGUGGCUCGGCAGUCGAUAAACAUUCACCCCCCCCACAUAUUCGUUGUAUUUUCCCAGACCUUGCAUGGAUGGGCACACAUUGCCAAGAACGACAUGCAUGGACAGGAGGAGAAGCAGGCUGGAUAAUGGCGUCUUCUGUCCAUUCAGGGUCAAAUACACACUGCGUGCCAGCAUCUACCCAGCUGUGAAUUUCUGAAAAAUAGCGUGGCAGGGGAAGGCUCAUUAUUAUUCAUAAAGGAAGUGCUGUAACAGCGCUUCACCAGCCAGUCAGGCAGCGCUUCAUUUAUGAAUAUUAACGAGUAUGCACCUAUCAUCCUACUCACCAGCCAACCAGGUAGCACUUCCCCUGCCACCCCAGCUUUCAGAAAUUCACUUACAGAGAUGGGGCAAUGGGGCAUAGCCUUUUCUGAAUCGCUACGGUGCUGAAGUAAGGCAAAGCGAUCGAUAAUAAAAACAAACAGGACCUGUCAAAAACAUAACCGAACACACUGUCCCUCUGUGCUGUGCCCAUGUAUCACCGGCGGACAAGAUCUGUAAUUAAAAUUUUUUUAAAUAUGGUCGAUUUUGUAGUAGCGGAGGUGAGAGUUCCUGUGUGCAGUAAUUUUACACGUGGUUCCCCUAUAAUAAAAGCGUACCCACUG